AUGGCAUUGGUAUUGUUUGAAUUCCAGGUCCUUUGUGAAAUUUUAGAUAGUCCGCUAAAUCAAGCUGGCCUGGUUGGAGCUGUGUACAUGAAAGCUGAUUCUGGUAUUAACAUCGAAGUCAAGCCACUGCAAACGGUUUUGUGGUAUUUUGGACCUAUUGCAAUUUAUGUAGUUGAGCUAUUCGAGAAGUCCUGCAUUCGAUCAAAAGAUUCAGGAGAAGUACUUCAAGUCCUUAAAAAACCUGUGGAGCAGCAUAUACCUGAAAAUGCUCAAAUAAUUGGGCUAUCUUAUAGUUCAGAAAAGGUGGUUGACAUAGAAGAUUAUAGUUCUGCUACUAAAGAUGAUUCUGACCUUGUUUUUAUGGUGGGUACAAUGGAGCUUGGUAAAGUUAGCAAGGACUACACAACUGACUAUAUUUCAGAUAAAAGAGCUCAAUAUUGGUGCUUGAAUUCAGCACUUUUUCCUUUUGUGGUUGUUUCUACCAGUUGUAAGAGUUUCUUUUGCAGCUGA